UGCACCUACAAAAUCAUGUGAUGAUUAAUGAAAAUCAUUCAUUCUUUUGUCCACGCCACUUUUUAUGUGAAUGAAAAAGUAUACUAAAAUAUUUAAUUCUUGAAAAAGGACAAAACAUUUUGCCUUAUACGUUUUCAGUAAAAAAUAUAAAAAUAAUGUUAAUACAAUUAUGAAUAUUUAAUAAAAAAAAUUAUCAAGUUUGCUAGCAGCAUUGAUAUAAGCUUAUAACACAGUUGAAAAGUUAAUCAUUACAAAUUAUUUAUAAAAUUUACUAAUAAUAAUUCACUGUUAUCACUCUGUAUAUAGUGUCAUAUGUAUCAUCAACAUGCAUCAAAUUUCAGUCACUCAGCAGCCUUCAAGCUGGUUACACUGUCAUUGUUUCCAUCAUUCUAAUAUUAAGUUGUAUACCCAAUUUAAAUUAUAUAAUACGAAAUAUAGUUAUUGACAGAUAAUAAUUUUUUUGAAUUCAUAAUUCAUGAAUACUAUCAUGGUUUCUGAAAUGCAAAAUUCCUCUAAAACAUGAGCUAUUAUUGAUCAUGCAACAUUUUCAACAAUAUAACACACUAAAAAAAUGCGGAAUUAUAUCAAGAUUUCACUUCUUACACUAUGUUUUGGAUCAUUCUGCUUGUUAAUUGUGAAUUCACCAAUCAAACCAAAUCAUUUUGGCAAUCAAAAUAAAGUAGUUAUUGCAAUUAAUUAUCAUCAUAAAAAAAACAAUGAAAAACAAGCAGCAGCAACAGCACAGCAUAAACUAUCCUCAGAGUCGCAUUCAAGGGUGAAGGAGCAGUUUCAAAGAAGAAAAAAUAGGAUUGAAUAUUUAUGCAAGACUUUAGAUAACGAUAUAAUUAAUUCAACUAUGAAAACAGCAUUAUCAAAAAUUGUUAUUGAUCAAAAAAUUGAUAGAAUACAUGGUUUGACGUGGUGUCCAGUUUACAAGUCAGCCAGCACUAUGUGGAUGAAAAAUUUUGCUGUGCUCAGUGGAUAUCCAGUAACUGUAAGCUUACACUCUGGGCAUGACAAAAAUUUAGAUUUCAGUUACAUUGUCAAGCAAAAAUUUCAGCGCAGUGAUAGUGUAGAACAAAAAUUAAAACAAAUAAGCAGCACGACAAAAUUUAUUAUAGUGAGACAUCCAUUUGAGAGAUUACUCUCAGCUUACAGGGACAAAUUAGAGCACAUGAAAGGCAGGGAAUAUUAUUACAGACGUUAUGGACAGUACAUCACACACAGAUAUCGUGCCAAAUAUUCAAAUCUUACCCAUUGCGAACCAUCAUUUACAGAGUUCUUACAAUUCAUAGCCAAGGAAAAACGUUUUGACGAGCAUUGGGUUCCAUUUAUUGAUUCUUGUCAACCCUGUUCUAUUAAUUAUGAUUACAUUUUCAAAUUUGAAUCACUGAGCGAAGAAUAUAAUUAUUUUAUAAAAGAACGCAAUCUAUGGUACUACUUAAAUUACUCAAGCAACAAGCGGAAAAGUACCAGUUUCCAAGGAAUAACUGAUGAUGCAGUUGCAGAAAAAUAUUUUGAACAAGUACCAGCAGCUUUGUUGCUGAGAAUUUUUAAUAUUUAUCAAUUAGAUUUUCUUCUGUUUUCGUACAGUCCAGCAAAGUAUUAUUUCAUGACCAAAGAUGCUAAUCAAGAGAGGUACAACUUUCUGUUGAAAAAAUAAUUGCAAAAGUUAAGAGACACACUUACUUGUCCAAAAAGAUACAUGUUGCAACACAGCCAUGGUAUAAAUUUGAAGAAUAAUUUGAGGAACAGAUACCAAUAAUGAGGUAAACAUGUUCAGAGUAAAAGCAUCAUUUUCCACUUGCAAGAUCCAAUCUCUAUGUUGAGGGCUUAGUUGAAUUUUCAUGGUUUUUAUCGCAGAAUUUAAUAAAAGGCAAAACCUGUAAAAUUAACAAACAAUUUGAUAAUACAGACAGCACAAAAACAAAUAAUCAUACAAAGCGCUUGUUAUUCUUUUAGUAUAUAGGUACCUAUGCAUUAUUGCAAAGUGAAAAAUAUGUGAGAUCCAUUGGUGCCUUGUCAAAUCACCACUAAUCCGGUACCACUUUAAACUCAGGAUCUGCAAAAAGCAGGAUGGCACAAAAGCCAAAGCCGCUGUUAAAUAAGCCCAUGACUUGUAAGUGUUCAGCCAGUGCUCAACCACGACAAAGAAAUCUGCAAGGACAAAAGAAAACGAAAUUUGAAAAGCCGAGGUGCUUGUAAAGUUUUUGUUUACUUUCUACUGUGAAAAGGAAGGUCAUUAUUGAAUUAUUA